GGCAAGCGGAGAAACGACACCCAACCAACCUUCCCGAUGCCGUGACGAUGGAAGACUGAGAUCUGGUGCGCAAAGGUCGCUGUGUCACUCACGAAUGAAGUGAGUGAGCACUUGAUCUUCUCGAGUGUUGUGUGGCGUGGUGCAGGCCCAUCAAAUCGCGCAUCCUCCCUUCACUUACCACCCAUCCCCCUUCAUCCGGUCCAUCUAUCUAUCUAUCGGCGAUGCCCCAGUUCAUCGAUGAAGAGGCCUUCCUUGUGGAGCUCGGCAAGCUCUAUGCCAAGACACGCACACAGGGCAGCGUGUGGCUGUGGUGCAAACAGCACUUCGAGAACGUCCAGCACAAGAAGCGCAAGCCCGUCGACCCGGAGGCCCUCGCCAUGGCGCCGCCCUCAUGCAUCAUCCGCGCAUCGGACGGCUCCCGGACCAUCUCGUGCAUCGUGCCCAGCGAGAGGGUGGGUCCGUUCUCGGCGAGCGUCAACAACGUGAUGCGAUACAACUUCGACGGCCUCAAGAGGGCGGCGGGUGGGAAGGGAGCCAAGAAGGUCAAUGAGAAGAAGAAAAAACGGAAGCGCGGGAGCGGCGGGAGGAAGGCCAGGGAGAGGGGCAAGGCUAAGGACGGCAAGAAGGAGGGCCAGGGAGAGGACAACAAUGGCAAAGGGGGGGGAGAGGGAGAAAGAGAGGGAGAGGGCGCGGGAGAGGGGGAGGCCAACCAGUGAAGCGAGCGAGUGCUUGAGAAGCAGGUAGCAAGGAUGUGUGGCCGUCUGGUUGGCUUGCUUGCGUGGCUGUCCAUCAAUGAGAUGACCCAUUCAUGGAUUGAAUACGUGAAUGAAUCGAUCGAUGAAUGAAUGAAUGACUUGCUCGCUGGUCCUUCAGUGACUGACUGACAGUGCAAUGCCGCACUCACAU